AUGCACCAAGACCCUGGUAAGAUAACUGAGAAGGAAGAAAAACUAAAGGAAGAUAAAAGCAAAAAGGUCAUAGAGAAAGAAGAAUCAUAUGUGCCUCCACCACCGUAUAAACCUCCUAUCCCAUAUCCUCAAAGACUUGUUAAAUCUAAAAGUGUAGGGAAAUUUAAGAAAUUUGUAGAGCUUCUAAAACAAUUGAAUAUCACAAUACCCUUUACAGAAGCCAUCACUCAAAUGCCCUCGUACGCUAAGUUUCUUAAGGAUAUCUUAUCUAACAAGAAGAAAAUCGAGGAUAACGAAACUGUUACACUUACUGCUGAGUGUAGAGGCAUAAUACAAAACAAUAUGCCUUCUAAGCUUAAAGACCCAUGGAGUUUCUCCAUACCCUAUGUAAUCGGAAAAUUUGUCAUAGACAAAGCACUAUGCGACUUAGGAUCCAGUAUGUUAGAGAAUGUUCCGGUGCGCAUAGGUCAAUUUUAUAUUCCUACUGAUUUCAUAAUCAUGGACAUAAAGGAGGAUUCCAAUAUCCCUAUCAUAUUAGGAAGACCAUUCUUAGCCACUGUCGGAGCUAUUAUAGAUGUAAAUAAAGGCAAGCUAACCUUUGAAGUUUGUCAGGAAAAAGUUGAAUUUAUUUUGACGCAAUUCUUAAAGGCACCAGUUAUAGACGAUACAUGUUUUCUGCUAGAUGUCAUCGACGAGUGUGUAAGAGAAAUGGAGAAUGAACAAACUUCAUACUCCAAAAUACUGAAAGUUCCAAGGCCUUCUACUUUUGAAGAUAAAAAUUGGAAUAAGGAAUACCAAGAUGACAACCUAAGUGAAUGUCUAGCACUAAUACCCAAACAUAUGCCUUGCCGGAAGAAACCAACAUUAGAACUUAAAACGCUACCCAAGAAUUUGAGGUACGAAUUCCUAGACACUGAACUCGAGCGACCUAUAAUAGUUAAUGCAGACUUAGGGCAGAUAGAAACCGAAAAACUCUUACACCUAUUUGAUUUGGAUGGACCACCAGAUGCACCACCCUCUCCUCCAGAGACACCCCAAAUAUAUGACCAUUAUGAUACCUAUCUCUCUGACGCUGACUCGUGCGCCUAUGUGGUACCUGCUGUGCACCCUAUCGAUCAUGUUGCUGCCAUCGAGGUUGUCGAAACCGAUACCGCCAACUUGAGAGGCGAAUUGAGCACUUUGCGCGUGGACCUCCAUGGCUUUAUGGACGUAGUGACAGAGAACUUGGAUCACAUUUAUCAGCACUUUUACUCGUUCUCUCCUCCUGCUGGCAGUCGCCGUAAUGGCUAA